CACUGAUCGGUUCCUGAACAUUCGCCAUCAAGUUUUUGUCCAACAGAUCAACAAUGGUGCGCACCUUGCACAGUUCGCUACCCUGGAGUCUGCAAAGGACAUUCCUUGCUGAGCUCAGUGAUCUUGCAACGGGAGUCAUUGCGAUGAAGGUGUCGGUAAAGUCCAGUCGAUUGGCAAGUUCCGGAAGCUGAACAUCGAGAGCACGGAGCUUCAAAGGUGCAUAGUGACUGUUCGCAGCUCCUUUUUUGUUACUGAGCCAGCGAGGCAAGGACGAACCAGAGCAUCAUCUUUACUACACCAUGGCGACUUUGACAACCCUGGGAUCAGCAACAGUAGGCGACGUACCGGAGACAGAGCAGACGUUCCAACCUUCUGACUUUUCAUUCCUUUCUCAACUCCUUCACAUUCUCCAAAAAGUCGAAACGGGCGAGGAUCCACAAGAGAUUGCGACGCUCGCGUCGAACCUGAAGACCAGUUUCAAAAAAUGCCAGACGAUCCUUGACCACCUCCCAGGAGCGGACCUAUCGCCGGACGAACAAUCAAGAAUACUAGCAGAGGAAAUGCAGGUUCUGGAAAAGAAGAGAACACAAUUAGCAAGCUAUCUGUCGUGGCAAGUCUUCCAGCAUGAUGCACUAGAGGCGGCAAUUAAACAAGAACACAGUAAUAAUUCUCGAGAACCCAAGUUGUCGACACCAGAACCAAUUGCGGACGCAGCGCCGGCAUCAGCAUCACUAGAAGUCGACAACACUUAUGCUGAGCAGGAGGACGAUCCCAUGGGAGAUAGCAACGAGGUUGAGGUUAAGGCUGAACAACUGGAAUCGACGCCCUCCUUGACCCAAGACACGUCGUUCCUCUCGAACUCAAGCCAGAAUACCGUACCAUCGUCAUCACAGCCUACAGGGCUGACGUUUCCCUUAUCAGAUAUCAAGAUGGAGGAUCCACAGAAUACGCCAAUGUGAGGUGGUUGUUGAGUACCAGCGAAAUAAAGGUGUAUACUAUAGUC